GGCCCCGCCCCUCCCGGUCCCGCGGCGGCGGCGGCGGCGGUUCCGCUCCGUUCCGCUCCGUUCCGUUCCGCCCCGCCCCCCGCGCUCUCCCCCGGCCUUGAGGGGUCCCCACCGGGCCCGGAGCGCCGCGCUAUUCCCCCCCCCCGCGAGGGGCGGCAGCGGCAGUGUCAAUGAGGCAGAAUGGAGCCGGAGGUGGGGGGUGAGAGCCAGCGUCCCCCCAGCGUGCCGUGGCGCAGCUACAAGCUGGUGGUGGACCCUGCUCUGCGCCGCGCCCCCCAGAAGGUCUACCGCUACGAUGGCGUCCACUUCAGCGUCCCCGACUCCGGGUACCGCCCCGAAGGCGACGUGCGGGACCCCCGACCACGCCGCAUCUGGUCCAAGCACCGCGACCUCUCCUUGCCCGUCCCCAAGUUCAAGCUGGACGAGUUCUACGUCGGCCAAAUCCCAUUGAAAGAAGUGACCUUCGCCCGCCUGAACGACAACGUCCGGGAGCCCUUUUUGGCCGAGAUGUGCCGAAAAUACGGCGAAGUGGAAGAGGUGGAGAUCCUCCACCACCCCAAAACCCGAAAGCACCUGGGCUUGGCGCGCGUCCUCUUCGCCAGCACCCGCGGAGCCAAGGAGACGGUCAAACACCUCCACAACACGCCGGUGAUGGGCAACGUCAUCCACGUCCAGCUGGACAUCAAGGGGCAGCAGAGGAUGAAGUACUAUGAGUUGAUCGUCAAUGGGGCCUACACGCCGCAAACUGUGCCCACCGGCGGCAAGACACCAAGUGGAGGGGAAAAGGCUGAGGUGCCUGAAUCGCGGCGGCGCCACUCGGCUGACAGCGCCUACGGCAGCACCGGCGCCGGCUCCACCCCUGGCAACGGCACCCCUGAGCCCCCCACGGGGGGCUAUGGCUCCUUCCCCCCCCCGGGGACCCCCUACAGCACCCGUGGGGCCGCCUACACCCAGGACCCCACCUACGCUGGCAGACUCCCCUUCCCCACCGACCCCUUCUACCCCCGCCGCGCCCCCCCCACCCCCUUCCGCCCCACCGAGCCCUACCUGCCCUACAGCCGCUACCAGCGCCACGCCUCCGCCGACGCCCGCCUGCCUUCCUCCUCCUCCUCCUCUUCCUCCUCCUCCUCCUCCUCCUCUUCGCACCGCCGCCCCGACGACGCCUUCCCCACCCGCCUCCGCGCCCCCCGCGACGACGACAGCACCCCUCCGUCCUCCUCCUCCCUCCCCACCCCCCCGUCCUCCUACCCCCAACCUCCCUCCGACCCCUUCUACGCCGCCCCGCCGCCCGCCGACCCCGACUUCCGCCUCCUUCCGGCCGCCGAGACCUUCGCCGCCAACGCUCUGCCCCCCACCGAACUGCUGGCUCCGGCCGAGCCCGGCGCCGAACCGCCCGCCGAACCGCCGCCCGUCGUCACCGAACCUCCGCCGCCACCGCCGCCGCCGCCACCACCGCCACCCAGGGGGGGUUCUCCCGCCCCCGAAAACACCCCCGAAAGCGUUCCCUUCGCCCAGCACAGCAGCCUGGAUUCCCGCAUCGAGGCCUUGCUCAAAGAACAGCGCUCCAAGUUCUCCUUCCUCGCCGCUGAGGAGGAGGAGGAGGGCGGCUCUGCCGGCACCACCGCAGCCGCCCCCGCGCCCGCCGCCACCGGAGCCGGCACCGCCACCGCCGGAGGCACAACCGGGGGCGCGGAGGGGGACCCCCACGGGCCCUGCACCCCCCCACCGCCCCCACCGCCCCCCGCCAGUUUUGAGGAUGUGGGGGCGGCCGACGGACCCCCCGAGUCCCCCAAAGCCAACGGGCAGGAGAGGGCCUCGCAGCCGUCCUCAGGGGAGGACAUGGAAAUCUCCGAAGAAGACGACGACCCCCCCCCCUCCCGACCCCCCCCACUUCGUCCCCCUCCCCCCGGGCCUCCCCCCUCUGCCCCCCUCCCCUUUUCCCCGCCCUCCGGAGCCGCCCCCCCCUCCCCAAACCCCCCCGACGUUCCCCUCCGCCCCCCAACCCCUCAUGGCCGUCUCUUUGCCCCCCCCCCGCGCCGGGGGGGGGUCCCGGCGGUGGGGGGGGUUCCCCUUUUGGCGGCGGGGGGGGGGGGUCCGGUGGAGGGGGUGCUGGCGGCGUUGGUGCAGGAGAUGAAGGCCACCAUGCAGCGCGACCUCAACCGGAAGAUGGUGGAGAACGUCGCCUUCCGCGCCUUCGACGCCUGGUGGGAGCGCAAAGAGGAGCAGGUCAAGCCGUUUCAGAGCGCGGCGAGGCUGAAGGAGGAGGAGAAGGAGCGCAUGAGGCCAAAGGAGCCCCCGGCGCUGCUCUCCUUGGUGGAGUGGGCCCGGGGGGGCGGCGCGGGGCUGCGGGGGGCACUGAGGCUGCCCUCCUUUAAGGUGAAGCGGAAGGAGCCCUCGGAGCUGGGGGAGGGCACUGAGGAGAAGCGCCCGCGGCCGCCGACCCCCCCCGAGGAGGAGGAGGACGACAAAGACCCCCCCGGCGCCCCCCCCGGCGCCCCCCGCCCGGACUCGGCCCCGAAGCGCCGCAAGCUGUUCCGCCUGGACAGCGAAGGCGAGGAGAGCGAGGAGUCGUCCUCAGGAAAGGAGGAAGAGGAGGACGAAGAGGUGCGAAGGAGGCGGCGGAGGCGGCGCCCGGAGGAGCGAAGGGCGGCCAGGGACCAACGGGAGCGGUGCCACGACGACGCCGCCAGCAGCUCCUCCUCCAAGUUCUCCCUCUACGAGGGCUCCGAGGAGAGCGGGGCCGGCAGCAGCCGCUCCUCUUCCUCCUCCUCCUCCUCCUCCUCCUCGUCCUCCUCCUCCUCCUCCUCUUCUUCUUCCUCCUCCGAGGAUGAAAGCGCUGCUGAGGAGCCCCCUGCGCCCCCCCGGACCCCCACCCCCGAACCAGCUCCGCCGCCGCCGCCCCCCCCGCGCCCCCCCUUCCCCCCUCCCCCUUCUCCCGCCCCCCAAGAAGCGCCGCAAGACCCUGGAGGAGCCCCCCCCCAACGAGGGGGGGGGACGCGACGGAGGAUGAGGAGGAAGGAGAGGAUGAAGAAGAAGAAGAAGAAGAAGAAGAAGAAGAAGAUGGAGGGGGUGAGGAGGACGGGGGGGGGGUGUCCCCCCUAUGGAGGGAGCACAACUACGCCGCCCGGCCCCCCCCCCAAACCGCCGCCGCCAUCGAAGCGCCCCGUCUGGAGGUCCCCGAGGUGUUGGAGGCCCCCGAGGAGCUGGUGGGGGGGCCCGGGGUGGGACACGAGGUGCAGAGCGCCGGCCCCCCGUUACCCACCCCUCCCCUGCCCCCCCCCCCCCGCCCCCUCACAGCGCCGCAAACGGCACCGCCCCCCCCCGGCCCCCACCGCCUCCUCCAGCGACAGCGAGGAUGAGGAGGACGACGACGACGACGACGAGAGCAGCAGCAGCACAGGGGAGGAAGAGGACGACGACGACGACGACGACGACGAGGGGGCGGCGGCGGCGCGGCGACGGCGAUGGCUGCGGCCCAGAGGGGUCCCCCCAGGCCCCCCCCGGCCCCCCCCGGCGGUGUCGUUCGCCCCACGCAGCGAGUUCGAGCAGAUGACCAUCCUGUACGACAUCUGGAGCGCGGGGCUGGACGCCGAGGACAUGAGGUUCCUGCGCAUCACCUACGAGAGGCUGCUGCAGGAGGACAGCGGCACGCACUGGCUCAACGACACCCACUGGGUGCACCACACCGUGACGCGGACGCGCAGCCCCCGACGCCGGCGCUGCCCGGACAGCCGCGAGCACCGCACGGGCAGCGCGCGCAGUGAGGGCUAUUACCCCAUCAGCCGCAGGGAGAAGGCGCGCUACCUCCGGCCCUGCCCCGCGCCGCCCCCCGACCCCGACGGCCCCGACACGCAGGGCCCGAACCGCGUGCUGUCAGAGCGGCGUUCGGAGCAGCGGCGGCUGCUGAGCGCCAUCGGCUCCGCGGCGCUGCUGGACAGCGAGCUGCUCAAGCUCAACCAGCUCAAGUUCCGUAAGAAGCGGCUGAGGUUCGGCCGGAGCCGCAUCCACGAAUGGGGGCUGUUUGCCAUGGAGCCCAUCGCGGCCGACGAGAUGGUCAUCGAGUAUGUGGGGCAGAACAUCCGACAGGUGGUGGCAGACAUGCGUGAGAAGCGCUAUGCCCAGCAGGGCAUCGGCAGCAGUUAUCUGUUCCGGGUGGACCACGACACCAUCAUCGACGCCACCAAAUGCGGCAACCUGGCGCGCUUCAUCAACCACUGCUGCACGCCCAACUGCUACGCCAAGGUGAUCACGCUGGAGGCUCAGAAGAAGAUCGUCAUCUACUCCAAGCAGCCCAUCGGCGUCAACGAGGAGAUCACCUACGACUACAAGUUCCCCAUCGAGGACACCAAGAUCCCCUGCCUCUGCCGCACCGACAGCUGCCGCGGCACGCUCAACUAGCGCCCCGGCGGGGCGUCAUGGCGCCCGCGCUGACGUCACGGCAGCCCGCGCUGACGUCACGGCCGCCGUGGCUGUCUUGCGGCACCGACGCCAUCGCGGUGGUCGCGUUGCGGCAAUGGGGGCGUCGGGGCGGUCGUGUGGUGGUGGUGAUGUUGUCGUGGCGGACAAAUUACGGUGGUGACGUCAUCGUGGCGGCGGUGUUAUGGCGGUGACGUCAUCGUGGCGGUGGUAUUAUGGCAGUGACGUCAUCGCCGCGGUCGUCUUGCAGCACCGGCGCCAUCGCGGUGGUUGCGUUGUGGCAGUGGCGCCGUCAUGGCGGUCAAAUGGUGGCGCUGAUGUCACUGUGGCGGUCAAAUUAUGGUGGUGACAUCAUCGUGGCGGCGGUAUUAUGGCGGUGACAUCAUCGUGGUGGUGGUUUUAUGGCGGUGACGUCAUCGCUGCAGUCGUCUUGCAGCACCAACGCCAUCGCAGUGGUCACGUUGCGGCAGUGGCGGCGUUGGGGCGGUCGUGUGGAGGUGGUGACAUUGUCGUGGCGGUCAAAUUAUGGUGGUGACGUCAUCACGGCGGCAGUAUUAUGGCGGUGACGUCACGGCCGUGGCUGUCUUGCAGCACCGACGCCAUUGCAGUGGUUGCGUUGCGGCAGUGGCAGCGUCGGGGCGGUCGUGUGGAGGUGGUGACGUCGUGGCGGUCAAAUUAUGGUGGUGAUGUCAUCACGGCGGUGGUAUUAUGGCAGUGACGUCAUAGCUGCGGCCGUCUUGCAGCACCGACGCCAUCGUGGUGGUCGCGUUGCGGCAGUGGCAGCAUCGGGGCAGUUGUGUGGUGGUGAUGUCAUUGUGGCGGUGAUGUCUCUGUGGCGGUCAAAUUACGGCGGUGACGUCAUCGUGGCGGCGGUAUUAUGGCAGUGACGUCAUCGCCGCGGCCGUCUUGCAGCACCAACAUCAUCACAGCGGUCGUAUUGGGGCACUGGCGGCGUCAGGGAGGUUAUGUGGUGGUGGUGACAUCAUCAUGGCGGUCAAAUUAUGGCAGUGACGUCAUCCCAGCGCUCAAAUUAUGUUGGUGAUGUCAUCACGGCGGUCAAAUUCUGGUGCUGACAUCAUCGUGACGGUCGCGUGGCGGCGGUGGAGUCAUUGUGGCAGUCGUAUUGUGGCACUGGCAGCGUAAGGGCAGUGGUGUGGUGGUGAUGAUGUCAUCACAGCAGUUGUAUUGCGGCACUGACGUCAUCGUGGUGGUCGUAUUGUGGCACUGACGUCAUCGUGGCGGUCAUAUUGUGGCAGUGAUGUCAUUGUGGCGGUCGUAUUGUGGCAGCGAUGUCAUUGUGGCGGUCAUAUUAUGGCACUGACGUCAUCACGGUGGUCGUACGGUGGUGGUGACGUCAUCGCCGCGGUGGUGGUGGAGUCAUUGUGGCGGUCGUAUUGUGGCACUGGCAGCGUCAGGGCGGUCGUAUGGUGGUAGUGAUGUCAUCAUGGGGGUCCAAUUAUGGUGGUGACGUCGUCGUGACGGUCAAAUUAUGGUGGUGACGUCAUCGCCAUGGUCGUCUUGCAGCACCGACGUCAUCACAGCGGUUGUAUUGUAGCACUGGCAGCGUCAGGGCAGUCGUGUGGUGGUAGUGAUGUCAUCCUGGUGGUCCAGUUAUGGUGGUGACGUCAUCAUGGCGGUCAUAUCAUGUCACAAUACAACCAUGCGGUGGUUGUAUGGCGGUGGUGACAUCAUCAUGGCGGUCGAAUUAUGGUGGUGAUGUCAUCAUGGUGGUCGUAGUGUGGCACUGACGUCAUCACUGUGGUCGUGUGGUGGCGGUGACGUCAUCACAGUGGUGAAGUUGCACUGGUGACAUCAUCAGAGCGGUCAUGUGGCGGCGGUGGCAGCGUGGUGACAUCACGAUGGCGGUGUUGCGGUGAUGACGUCACCGCGCGGCGUUGUGGCGCCCAGGGGGCGGGGCAUCAAUGGGGGCGGCCAUCACACCUCCACCACCUGUGGCGGCAGCCAUGACACCACCUAUGGCAGCCAUGACACCGCCUUGUCGGCCAUGACAUCACCUUGGCAGCCAUGACACCGCCUCGGCAGCCAUGACACCACCUUGUCGGCCAUGACAUCACCUUGGCAGCCAUGACACUGCCUUGUCGGCCAUGACAUCACCUCGGCAACCAUGACACCACCUCGUCGGCCAUGACACCACCUUGGCAGCCAUGACAUCACCUAGGAAGCCAUGACACCACCUCGUCAGCCAUGAUGCUGCCUUGGCAGCCAUGAUGCCACCUCGUUGGCAGCCAUGACACCGCCUCAUCAGCCAUGACAUCACCUUGGCAUCCAUGAUACCUCCUUGUCGGCCAUGACACCUUGUUGGCAGCCAUGACACCGCCUCGUCGGCCAUGACACCGCCUUGUCGACAGCCAUGACGCCUCGUCAGCCAUGACAUCGUCUCGUCGGCCAUGACACCGCCUUGUCAACAGCCAUGACGCCUCGGCAGCCAUGACACCUUGUUGGCAGCCAUGACACCACCUCAGCAGCCAUGACACCACCUUGUCAACAGCCAUGACGCCUCCGCAGCCAUGACAACUUGUUGGUAGCCAUGACACCACCUCGGCAGCCAUGACACCACCUUGUUGACAGCCAUGACACCUCGGCAGCCAUGACACCUCAUUGGCAGCCAUGACACUGCCUUAUCGGCCAUGACAUCACCUCGUUGGCAGCCAUGACACCACCUCGUCGGCCAUGACACCACCUUGUCAACAGCCAUGACGCCUCGGCAGCCAUGACACCUCGUUGGCAGCCAUGACACCGCCUUGUCAACAGCCAUGACACCUCAUUGGCAGCCAUGACACCGCCUUGUCAACAGCCAUGACACCUCAUUGGCAGCCAUGACACCGCCUUGUCAACAGCCAUGACGCCUCGGCAGCCAUGACACCUCGUUGGCAGCCAUGACACCGCCUCGUCGGCCCUGACACCGCAUUGUCAACAGCCAUGACGCCUCGGCAGCCAUGACGCCUCGGCAGCCAUGACACCUCGUUGGCAGCCAUGACACCACCUCGUCGGCCAUGACGCCGCCUUGUCGGCCAUGACACUGCCUCGUCGGCCAUGACACCGCCUUGUCAACAGCCAUGACGCCUCGGCAGCCAUGACACGUCAUUGGCAGCCAUGACACCUCGUUGGCAGCCAUGACACCGCCUUGUUGACAGCCAUGACACCUCGGCAGCCAUGACACCUUGUUGGCAGCCAUGACACCGCCUCGUCGGCCCUGACACCGCAUUGUCAACAGCCAUGACGCCUUGGCAGCCAUGACACCGCCACCUCGUUGGCCAUGACACCGCCUUGUUGACAGCCAUGACGCCUCGGCAGCCAUGACACCGCCACCUCGUCGGCCAUGACACCGCCUCGUUGGCCAUGACACCGCCUUGUCGACAGCCAUGACGCCUCGGCAGCCAUGACACCUCGUUGGCAGCCAUGACACCACCUCGUCAGCCACGACGCCGCCUUGUCGGCCAUGACACUGCCUCGUCGGCCAUGACACCGCCUUGUCAACAGCCAUGACGCCUCGGCAGCCAUGACACGUCAUUGGCAGCCAUGACACCUCGUUGGCAGCCAUGACACCGCCUUGUUGACAGCCAUGACAUCUCGGCAGCCAUGACACCUCAUUGGCAGCCAUGACACCGCCUUAUCGGCCAUGACAUCACCUCGGCAGCCAUGACACCACCUCGUCGGCCAUGACACCGCCUUGUCAACAGCCAUGACGCCUCGGCAGCCAUGACACCUCGUUGGCAGCCAUGACGCCACCUCGUUGGCAGCCAUGACACCACCUCGUCGGCCAUGACGCCGCCUUGUCGGCCAUGACACUGCCUUGUCGGCCAUGACACCGCCUAGUCAACAGCCAUGACGCCUCGGCAGCCAUGACACCUCGUUGGCAGCCAUGACACCACCUCGGCAGCCAUGACACCGCCUUGUCGACAGCCAUGACACCUCAUUGGCAGCCAUGACACCGCCUUGUCAACAGCCAUGACGCCUCGGCAGCCAUGACACCUCGUUGGCAGCCAUGACACCGCCUCGUCGGCCCUGACACCGCAUUGUCAACAGCCAUGACGCCUCGGCAGCCAUGACACCGCCACCUCGUCGGCCAUGACACCGCCUCGUUGGCCAUGACACCGCCUUGUCGACAGCCAUGACGCCUCGGCAGCCAUGACACCUCGUUGGCAGCCAUGACACCACCUCGUCGGCCAUAACACCACCUCGUCGGCCAUGACACCGCCUAGUCGACAGCCACGACGCCUCGGCAGCCAUGACACCUCGUUGGCAGCCAUGACACCACCUCGGCAGCCAUGACACCGCCUUGUCGGCAGCCAUGACGCCUCGGCAGCCAUGACACCUCGUCGGCAGCCAUGACACUUCAUUGGUGGCCCCCCCUUUUCCCCGGAGAAGGCCCCCCCCCCGUUGUUGGCUGUUUCUUGUAGAAACGCCGGCCGCGUCCGGCUGUACAUAGCUGUACAUCCCCCUGUACAGACCCCUGUAAAUGCCCCUGUACAUAUGUUGAUAUGGGGCCCCCCCGGCCCCCCCCGUUUUUAUAAAGUGGCCAUGGAGCUUUGA